AUGGCUGCGGCUUCAACUUCUGCUACGUCUCUCUUCCUUCCUUCUUCGUUCAAACGCAGUGCUCCAACGCCCAACUCCGUCAAGCUCCGUUUUCCGCACCUCAAUCGCCGUUUCAACGGCUUCAGGAUCGCCGCUUCGUUUUCCGUUUCCAAUCCGAACGUUCGAACCGGCCCCGACGAUCUCGUUGCCGCCAUUCUCUCGAAGGUGGUGCAAACAGAUGGAGGAGUUUUACUGAAGAAAGAAGAACAUAAAGAAGUGGCUAAAGUGGCUGAGGAACUGCAGAAAUACUGCGUGAGUGAGCCUGUGAAAUGCCCUUUAAUAUUUGGAGAGUGGGAUGUGGUGUACUGUUCACGGCCAACAUCACCUGGAGGUGGUUAUCGGAGUGCAAUUGGGCGCCUUUUCUUCAACACAAAGCAAAUGAUUCAGGUUGUUGAAGCUCCUGAUAUUGUGAGAAACAAGGUCACGCUUUCUGUUUUAGGCUUUCUGGAUGCAGAGGUGUCUCUGAAGGGACAACUGAAGGCGCUGGAUAGUGAAUGGAUUCAAGUUAUAUUUGAAGCACCUGAAAUAAAGGUAGGAUCGUGGAAGGUCCAGUAUGGUGGACAGAGUGAAGUUAAACUCAAAAUCACUUACGUGGAUGACAAAAUCAGGUUAGGAUUGGGUUCAAGAGGUUCCCUCUUUGUUUUUCAAAGAAUAUGA